CUCAAAUUAAUGUCAUCCUAAUCACGCUCAUUCAGAAAUUCUCGUAGCUCAAAAUUUUCGUACAUUCCCGAAAUUUUUGUCUCUGUGAGUGUAGAGCCGUGUGCGUGUAGCCUCAGUCAUUAUGUUGAGAAACAGAUUGUAUAUGAUCGAGGUCCAUGUCAAUGAUUUGACCUUUAGGGCGGACUAUGGCACUUUUCCUCGAAGGAAAGAGGUCAUGUUCAAUAUCCAAUUCGAUCCAGCUGAAUUUGAAUGAUGGCCAGGAUGUAGUGGAAGGUUGCGACGACACUUUUGUCUCAAAACCUUAUUUAGACAAGAGGGGGCGCUAGAAUAAGUCAUCAAAUAAAGUGAUCCGCUUUUAAGUUGAACACUUUAACGUUGACAGGUCCCGUAAAGAACGUAAUAUCUUUGAACGUCGGCAAAACGUUCUUAUUUUCUACUGAGCCAAAACAAUUGAUAGACUCUUUGAAGACUCUCCCUCUAGAGGUAUCUCUGAAAGUCGAAAACAAGUUGGUGGGAACUGGUUUAAUUGCAUGGAAACAGGAUUUCAUCGAUAUGGCCAAAUUGUGUACAGACUCGGUGGUCAGGUCAUCGGUCUUGGAAGGAGUCAUUCCCAUGAAUAAAGGUGACGACAUAGUCGGAGGCGUAGAUAUCUUCUUGCGCAUGACAUGUUACGCUGAUGGACUGGAAACUGCUUACAGGAAAAACAAAAAUGGUACUUUCGACUUUAUUAAUAAGAAAAACGGUGCCACAUAUAAUUGCAAAAGCGAGUUGAGUUCAAAGGGGGAUCCACUAAUGUGCGCUAACCUCCAUGGAUCCAUGGUUUGUCCAAUAGGGGGCAAGAAAGAUUUGUCCUGGACAGAUUUAUUCGGAGGUACAGCAGUUUGCGUAAGACCGUCUAUGGUUGGUACUCUGAUGGAGGAAGAAACAUUGAGCGGUGGUGGUAACUUGGUAGAAAUCCUGGCACAAUCCAGUGCCUUCGAUAUUGUCUCGAUGGUAUUCCGGCCACCAGAGAACAAGUUUUUCGAUUUCUUCAAUAUGGUGUCCGUCCCUAGUGGACAAGAUGACAAGGGACGAAAGAUAAAUUCAGAGAUAGAGUUAUCUUCGACAAAAUAUAGAGAAGAGGAUGACCGGUUAUUGUUGACCUCUGAAAAAAUUGGAAGACAGUUGUGCAAGAACAAAGACUGUCCAGCAGCUGUUAAGUUCAAAGAAUACGGCAUAGGACCACUUGCUAAUGAGAAAUGUUUGGGCACCCUAUAUGGUGAAGUAGACCCGCCAUGCACGUACGGUUUGAGCAACACCUACGGAGUGAUGGAGAACUACGGUCCAUUCGGUGUGUAUUCCCGUCCAAAACGGCCAGACCAACCUUUCAUCCCGAAGCAACCUCCAGAAGCGGAUCCCGUACCGCCAAUGGAAGCUGAAGUCUAUCUGCCUCUAAAGAAGCCUUGUCCGGGAGCUCCCAAGCCUCCAUGUACCCCAAAGUUGUGUUGCGCCUGUUAUCGACAGAAGAAUGGUGGAGGUUUGAAACGAGGAAGUCCACACCAGGAAUUAAAUACAGUCGGUGGUUGUCGAGGAAUGCUAAAAGGAGGCAAUAACGCUGAUGCUACUCCAGUUCUCAGGCUGCGUGGAGGCGGAUCAGGAGAAUUCGCUGACCCACCAUUAGCAGAAUCCACACGUCUAAGUGUGCCAAAAACACCGCUAGCCGCAUCCACACGGAUUGAGCCGAGAUCACCAUUCCAAGAAUGCAAAUCUGUUAUGGAUCAAUUCGAUGCUGUCCUAGCUGCAUACAAAAGAGCUUUAGGACCCUGUGGUGAAGCCACAUGCCCUUACGCUCAGAGCAUAGCUGAAGAAAACUGCAGGAAAAUUUGCGAACAUCCCCCUAAAGAUUCGGACAGUAUAUCUUGUAGUGAGACACCUUGCAAUAUCGUACAGUGUUCAUACCAAGAACCUAGAAAGUUCGAUAUACCUGGAGGCUGUGGAUCUUUGAAGUGUGCAUAUACCAAAUACAAAUUAGGUCUAGUUGAUGACGAUGCCGCCCUAGAACUGGCCUGUCUACCUCCCGCAAUCUCCGGCAAGUGCGGUCACCAGAAGUGCCCGUACCCGUGGCCUUCGGAUCUGCUACCCAUCCAUUGGGAUUGCCCAGAACCGCUCCCUAAGGGACCUUGCAGGAAUCCCAACUGUCCACAUCAACCGGCGAAUCUCAGAAACAUCAAGUGUCCACCUCCAAAACCAGGACCUUGUGGAAAGGUGACAUGCCCUUUCGCAAUGCCAGAGCCGUGCGACAAGCCAAACUGCCCAUUUAGACCGAGACCGUGUCUAUUUUUAGAACAAGAAAAACUGAAAAAGAGACAACAAGAGCGUAGAGAAGUUCAAGAUGCAGGAGGUGUAGAAGUAUGCGAAAAUCCUGAAUGUCCAUUCGCACAGCAGGGUAAUCCUGUUGAGCAUGAUCCCAGAUACGAGGGUGAAUUUGAAUCAUGUGCAAACCCGGCUUGUCCACAUGCCCAAACACCUAGAAAGAAGAAGACCCGCGGUAGUCCAAAUUGUCCAUUUGCAGAUGAAGGGCCGAACGAGUGCGCGAACCCGCAAUGCCCUUUUGCACCGCCUUCUCCAAAGACCAACUUUUGUGGGAGUCCGCAGUGCCCACAUGCGCUUAAGCCAAAGGCUAAAGGGGACUUUAGUGGAAAUCUAGAUUGUCCAAAUGCUCCGAACCCAGCGGAAGUUGACUCUGGUAGCAAUCCUAAAUGUCCCUUCGCCGCUAAGCAGAAGAAAUCUGAAGAUAGCUUUUGCGGUAAUCCUGCAUGUCCUUACAACCCUCAACAAGAGAACACUUCUGACGAGGUUUGCGACAAUCCCAAAUGCCCAGCAAAGAAAAGGAAGAUAGAGCAAGAAGGUAUCUGUGAGAAUCCCGGCUGUGCCUAUCAGAAUUCUGACCAAUGCGCAACACUGUACGAUGACGAUCUUGACAACAAGCGGCCAUCCGAGGAGAAAUGCCCAAAGGUCGAGGCCAAAUGUGCUGAAGACGCUGGAGAUGUCUGUGACAAUCCGGAAUGUCCAUUUGGGAACAAUAAAGCAGGAGAAGAAUUCAUUUGCAGAGAUCCACUCUGCAUGUAUGCUCAACCCCUGGCUUCUUGUGGUAUUCCAGACUGCCCCUACGAACCAAUACCCUUUUUAUACUGUCCUAGCCGAAAAUUUCCUUCAAAUCGUCCUCCACCACCACAGUCAUCGCGAAGGUCAUCUUCUGCCUGCUAUAGGGAAGCCCAGCCUGGCGGAGAACCUGAGUGCGAUGGCGACGAAAAGCUACGCAAGGAUGAGUGCGAAAAUCGCAGACAAAGCUUUUCUUCGGCGAGAAGGACUAGUGCGACUCUUGAAGCAGGAGCUUCACGUCGCAGCAGUUCCAAGAAGACUGAACUGGCAGGACUGGAAAGAGGAGAUGCUGAAGGGAAGAAGAAGCACAGGAAAAAGAGAAGUGCAUUCGUUUAUAGUGUAGGAGAAAGAUAUCCUGGUGUGAAGGUUGGCCAUAAAGAAUGUGUUACUCCAGUAUUCAAUGUACCUCCAAAAAUGGGUUGGUUGUGGAAUGUUGGCACCAUGUACAGUCAGCCCCGUCGCGGUUGGCGUCCUGGAGCGAUCCAAAAGUCAAUCGCCCAACGAAUCCGCGCCCAUCGCCAAGCCAAAGGACUGGGCUACUUCCGGCCGCCCAAGUUCCGGAAAAGUAAAGGCGGGCUUGGUGACAGCACUGACGAGAUUCGCGUCCAUCCCAAACCGACGCUGCACAUUUGCAAGAAGGAUGGGGCCUACUUGAUUACCAUGAACCCUCUGAAAGAUCCAUACUCGCUGGUUGAGAAUGAGAAUCCGUACAUGGACUGCACGCCUAUGCAGUUUAGGAUUACCAAGAAUAAGAAUAAGGAAGACGGUGAUGAUGACUCGAAAAUGUGCACAUGUAAAGACGAUGAAGCGACUUCGUCUAGUGCCAGCGAACUAGACAUUGAGUUCACCCCACCAGCGGGAAUAAUUCAUCCUGAUAGGUUCAAGAAGAAGAAGAAUGUGGUGCACACUGACACCCAGUAUGAACCAGAUGACUUCGCGACGAAAAAAGAAAAAGGCGGAAAGGGGGGUAAAAAGGACAAAAAAGGAGGAAAGAGUGGUAAAGGGAAGAUAGGGAAGAAGUAGAUGAUACUUCCUGACAACCGGAUUAUCAUCUUUCAUCAUUCCCAAAACAAAGUGUUUUUCUCCAUUUUCGUAUGUCGUUUUAUGCUUCGGUCAUAUGUAAAAUAUCUAUGUGUGUGUGUCGGUAAGCAUGAAUAAAGUGUAAGUCUCGAUGUUUGUAG